CAGCCCACUACUGCCAAACGCUAUCCCUUUGUAAUUCGCAAUUAGCAUUGGCGAAUUACUCGCGAGUCCAGUCACUCGCGCGCUAUCGCCGAGAAUAACAUGGCGUCAAGCACCGCCGCUGUCACGGCACAAGUGCUCAAGGUCACCGAGGACUUCGCCGUGAAUUUCCAUAAGAAUCUAGCCGAGAAGAUCGAGGGAAACUUUGUAAGCUCGGCACUGAGCGCUUACGUAGUACUGUCGAUGGCCGCUUACGGCGCUGGUGGCGUCACAGCCGAGGAGAUGCGAUCUGUCCUGCGAUUGCCCGUGAACGAGGAGGAGAGUUAUCGAGCAUUCCGUGAAGUGGUCCGCGAGCUCGACAAUGUUCCAAACGUCACCCUUAAGGUAGCAAAUAAAAUAUUUGGUUCUAAUCGUUUGAAAAUGAAGGAGAAAUUCAAAAGUAUAACCAGCAGGCAUUUUCAUUCACAAAGCGAAGAGUUAGAUUUCUCGAAAGCAGACUCUGCUAACGUUAUAAACCAAUGGUGUUCUGAUAAAACCAAUGGAAAGGUCGACAAGAUUAUCGAAUCCGAUCAGCUGACUGUAGAUACAACGAUGAUACUUUUAAAUGCCGUAUAUUUCAAGGGGAGUUGGAAAAACAAAUUCAAAGAAAAAAAUACAAAAUUAUUAUCUUUUCAUAUUAAUGAAACAGCAACUGUAGAUGUUCCUACGAUGAGUAUUGUAAAUGAUUUUUUCUACAAAGAUUUGAAAGAUAUCGAUGCUGAGUCUAUCGCUCUUCCAUAUGCAAAUGAAGAGGUAUUCAUGAUAAUCGUAGUUCCACGAAAGGUCGAUGGCCUAAAGCAUGUAGAAAAAAAUCUCGAAAAAAUUUCUUUUGACUAUGAAACAGAUUUUGAACGUUACAAGUCCGAAGUCUUUAUUACUUUACCUAAAUUUAAUGUGAAAAGUGAAAUUGAUAUGAUUCCGUCUCUUAAGGAAAUGGGGAUGAUUAAUAUGUUCAGCAAUCAGGCGAAUUUUAGUAAAAUUUUUAACGCUUCUGCUAAAGUUUCCAAUGUACAGCAAAAAGCUUUAAUCGAGGUUAAUGAAGAAGGUAGUGAAGCAGCUGCAAUUGCGGGUGAACCGUUAAAUGUCGUUGCAACGCUACACUCUUACGUCCCUCCAAUUAUGCUGCACGUAGAUAAUCCAUUUUUUUACAAGAUAAUGUGGAAGAGAAAUACCAUUUUUUCUGGUCGAAUCGUCAAUCCAUUGGAUACUUAAUACAAUUUUUUAACUUAAAAUAUUUUCUUCGUUCACACCGAGUGAUAUAAAUCAUCGAUAUUUAUUUAAAUAUUUAUGCUUAUAUGUCACUUAAAAUGUGAUAAGUGUUGCACAAUUCUUGAA